AGUCCCAUCAAAAUUUUUCGUUACCAGCUCGUUAGAAAUUCCAGUAAUGUCCAAAUCGAACGAAGAACCGUUUAAUUUCUCCACCAACGACGGCUUGUGGAACAUCCUGCUGUCCACCUACAAUUUCCUGAACGCCACCACGUCCCUGGUGCAGGCGUUGAACAAGAAAUUCGAACACUGCGCAGGAGCGCCCCCUCUAGAAACGAAACUCUCCGACGAUGAGGCGAACUCCCUGUUAUCCCUCCUGGAAGCCGCCGAUCAAAUCCAAACCUCCGAAGAGGAUUCCAGCUGUAAAAAUCUAUCAGUAAACGACCGCUGUAACAAUCUAUCAGUAAACAGCAAUUUUCUAGCAGCGAUCGAUUACGAAAUGGAGAACAUCAUCGCCAAACCCCCCGAACCGGCGCCUCAAGUCACCUCCAAUAAACGCUUCGAUGGUACUCUCCGACACCAGGUGGUCAAGAAACCCCAGCUGCAGAAGCAACUGAUCGAGUACUCCAGAACGGUGGUACCGAAACCCGACAAAGCGAUACAGAAACUCAAAACGCAAUUGGCCAAAAUGUAUGAAUGUCACGCGAAGAAUCGCCGCGAUCCCAGCAACCCGGACGGCGAGAAAAUCGCCGAUGAUAUCCGCGUCAUGUCGGAGAUGGUGGCGAAUUUGGAGCGGGAGCGCCAGAUAAAAUACAGCAAAACCGUGCUGCCUGUAAAGAAACCCAGCCAACCCGCCCCGGAACCCGUUAAAGACACCAAAUCGGUCCACAACGAGGACAUCAAAAUGGUGCAAACCUCUUACAAAACGGACAACAAGGAGAUGAAACCGAGACGGUUUAACAGCAAACCGAUCGGUUAUAUCAACCUCGAAGCGGUGUCGGUAACCCGGGGGAACAGAAUCUCUUUAAAACCGGUCAAAAUCGAAGUGGUGACCUCCAUAGCCAACGAGGACGUCCUGAGGAAGGGCCUCAAAUUCUGCAACCACACCAGAAGGAGCCGGCUCUCCUGCAAGUGAUUCCCGC